AUGAGAAAAGAAAGAUUCCCGGCGAAAAGAUGUUCCAAAUUGCUCCCAAGAGGAGAUGGUCCCUUUCAAGUCCUCGAGCGUAUCAAUGACAAUGCUUACAAGCUAGAUUUACCUGGUGAGUAUGAUGUAAGUGCCACUUUUAAUGUUACGAAUUUGAGUCCUUUUGAUGUAGGUGAUGAUUUGAGGGCAAAUCCUUUUCAAGAGGAGGGGAAUGAUGGAGAUCAAGGCACCACUUCAAAGGAUCUCGUUCAAGUACCAAUUGGGCCAGUUACGAGAGCACAAGCAAAGAAGUUCAAUGAUGUACUCAACGGACUCAUCCAAGAGUUAUGGGCUCAAGCAAAUUCGUGGAGGCCCACUGAGCAUGAUCCACAUGGGCAACAAAAAAUCCUCAACUUGAUUCAAGUUCUAGAAGGAUCCGUUGCCACCUUUCUUAGACAGAGGGCUGCUCACAUGCGAGCUGUUCCUUCGCGUCCUAGGGGUGCAUCAUCUAGUGCUGUUCCCCCUUCUCCCUCUUCUACAGGUGCUGAUGAUGUUGAGAUGUCUGGUGCUGCUGCUGCUGGAAAAGACGAAAUCUCACCGGCAAUUAUUAUCGCCAUUGUUGUUACAUUUGCUGCCUCUGUGUUGCUAGUCAUUCCGGCCUACUGUCUCCUGCGGAGGAGAGCAAAAAAGAAGUCCAAUGCUAUAAAUGAUGAGAGUCCCAAGCAAUCUGAUUAUGGUCUCCUUAAUUAUCAUGCUGCAAGUGAAAUAACAACUGUAGAAUCCCUGCAAUUUGAUAUUGGGACAAUUGAAGCUGCCACAAACAAAUUCUCAGAUGACAACAAGAUCGGUGAAGGUAGAUUUGGAAAAGUUUACAAGGGUGUGCUGCUUGAAGGGAAGAAAGUAGCAGUUAAAAGGUUCUCAAUGAAGUCAUUACAAGGCUUAGAGGAAUUCAAAAACGAGGUCAUACUUAUUGCAAAACUUCAGCAUAGAAAUCUUGUGAGGUUAUUGGGAUGGGGCAUAGAGGGAGAGGAAAAGUUGCUUGUGUAUGAGUUCAUGCCCAGCAAAAGUCAUGAUAGUUUUAUUUUUGAUUCAGAAAGGUUACUUGAUUGGAAGACUAGCUAUACGGUUAUUAGUGGGAUUGCCAGAGGACUUCAAUAUCUUCUUGAGGACUCCCGUCUUAAAAUCAUUCACAGGGACUUGAAGCCUAGCAAUGUGUUGUUGGACCAUGAUAUGGUUGCCAAAAUAUCAGAUUUUGGAAUGGCGAGGAUCUUUAACGAAAACCAGAAUAUAGCUAAUGCCAAAAGAGUUGUAGGAACAUAG